AUGUCGACCCAGGACCAGCGCGGCGUGCCCGUGGGCGUGGCUCAUGCGCAGCAGCAGUUCCGCCUGCUCGAGCUCCCGGACUCCCUGCUGGACCUGCUGGCCUCGCCGAAGCCGCCGGUGCUGUCGAUCAAGUCCAGGCCCAUGCCCGCAACCCAGAGUGCAUCAGCCCAGCAGGAGCAAGCCUCCGCCGUGCUCUGCACGUCCAACAAGACGUACCAUCUCCGCCAGGUCCACACGUCCAACUCGGUGCAUUUGACCCAGCCCGCCAAUCUCAGUGCGCAGCCCGGCAUUUCUGCCAUCGCCAAGUGUGGCUCGGUGCUCGAGGCUCAUCCCGUGACCGAAUCCCCAGUCUCCUCGGUGAGAGAAGCCAUUACCAGGAUCUGGCAUGCUGAAAACUGGGACGGCGACGGGUUCGCGCAGUUCAGCGGCGCAGUCGUGCCCAAAAGGAAAGAGGACUUCUUCGCGGAUAUUCCUUUUUCGGACGCGGAAUGCGAGCAGGCCUGGGUAGAGCUAUGCGCCUUCGAACACGAAGACAGCCCUGCUCUUCCGACUCUGCCCACAUUAUGGACUUACUGGAAGACCAUCUUCACCACCGCUGUCGCCGAAGGAACAGACCUGGGUGCACAGUUUCAAAUAGCGCACUUUGCAAAGACGCUGGAGGACGAGGAAGGUCUCCUCUCAGGGCUGGUCGAGGCAAUCUUCUACCGUCUGUUGCCCGACGACCAAAUGGCGGGUGAUGACUGGGCCGCCGUCGAUCGUGUCAAGUGUGUGCCGUGGGUUGGCCGCAGCCUUCUCGCUGCACUCGACUCACACUACAGGACUGCCCGACCUACGGCAGAAUUCUUAGACCUCUGGAGAGACGCGCUCCCCGAGGCGUGGAGAGAAGACGCACAACUCGAAGCCAUCAAGGGUGGCUACACUUUGCCGUCAGACCACACCAUCGCGCCCUUGGGGGCGAGCACGCUCUCGUCGACAACAGCAAGCUCGGACAGCAGCAAAGGGCCGCGCAAGUGGCACGAAAGGUUCAAAGCGACGAGAAAACAGUAG